AUGGAGACCCAGAGGUUGAAGAGGAAGGUUGGAGCUCUCAUAGACGAUUACAUCGGACUGAAGCUCAGAGAAAAGUCUUUUGAUCCAACGGGGACGGGGACCUCCACCAUCAUAGACGACUUGGCUCAUUACGACCUGGCCGUCAGCGUCGCUCUGUGGUGGCUGAACAGAAACCAGGGACGGGACGAGCGCCACGUGGACGUCAUCAGGGCUUCUAACAACCUGGGAAUCUACCAGUAUCCUAACUGGUUAGAGCGGGAGGCGCUCAUCUUGUCAUCCUUUGCUGGAAUUCUCAUGAGCAGCCUUCCAAUGGAAGAAAUCUUGGGUCUGUACAAAAGUAAACCUGUCGCUUCGUACCCCGACCACAUGUCCAAGGGCUCGAUCGUUCACCCCUUCACCCUGUCCUACCAUCCUCUCGCCAUGCUCGGCUCCUACAAGGCUGUUCAUCACUCCAAGAAGCACAAUCUGAAGCUGAAGCGGUGGCUGUCUGAGCGGGAAAAGACAACAGCCCCACCUGGACGGGUGUCAACGCCGUCCUCGUCUCAGUCCUUCCUGUUCGACAGCAAGGGUCAGCAGGAAACACCUGAGCUCUGCGGACCUUCACCAGAGUCUGCAGACGACUGAACAUGUUGUCCUCAGACGUGGACGUGUGUCCCAGAGGAGAAACUCCAG